GGGUAAAUAUGAGCCGUUGGAUCAUCACGCACAAAUCUCUGGCUUCCAAGUAGAAAAAGGGGCACACCCACCCACCCCAUACUUCUGAACCAUCAAUCCAACCAACCAUCCUUGCCGAUUCAAACCACACCAAUCGGCCGGAAAACAUGUCAGGAGCCAACAACAACGAAGAAGACAAAAAGCCCGGUACCGGCGAUGCUGCUCACAUCAAUCUCAAAGUCAAAGGCCAGGAUGGUAAUGAAGUGUUCUUUAGGAUCAAAAGAAGCACACAGCUGAAGAAGCUUAUGAAUGCUUACUGUGACCGACAAUCUGUCGAGCUUAACUCUAUUGCUUUUCUGUUUGAUGGGCGUCGUCUUCGUGGGGAGCAGACUCCUGACGAGCUGGAAAUGGAAGAAGGCGAUGAGAUAGAUGCAAUGCUUCAUCAAACAGGAGGUGGUACAUCUGGCUCCCUCUGGAUGUAGAAUACUUGAUGCUUCAUGGUACGUGGUGUAUAAACGCCAGUUGAACUUUGCUGAUGCUGGCUGUCUUUCCAGUUUGAGUAUUCUGUUGUCGAGGUUUAUGAUUUGUGUUUAAGGUUUAAACUCUUAUCUAGGAUUCUUUACCUUAUUGUGUACUGUGUUAAAAAUGGUAAAUGCUAUCGUGGUUGAAGUGUUCUCAACGGUUUAACACUAGUGAAUCUGCGUAUCUGUUUGUGCC